AUGGCAAUGAAACCUACAAUUCUCAUCACAGGUUGUAGUGAUGGAAGUAUCGGACAUUCUCUAGCUCUCGAAUUUGUUCGUCAAAACUACCAUGUUUUCGCCGGCUCUCGUCGACUCUGUACAAUGAAAUCUCUUGAGAAAAAUCCUGAUAUUACCUUGAUUGAACUCGACGUAACAUCGCCUUCCUCAAUCCAAGCAGCCUACGAGACAGUAUUUGCGGCCACAGUUGGAACUCUUGACAUCCUCUACCAGAAUGCCGGAGUACGAACAAUAGCCCUUGCCAUGCAUUGUGACUACGAAUUGGCUCUAAAAAUUUUCAGUACAAAUAUACUUGGAACAGUUGAGAUCACUAGAGUCUUUAUGCCGCUUUUAAUGAAAGCUGGCCCUGGAAGUAGGAUUGCAUUCUCUAGCAGUCUCGCUGGGUAUAUGCCAAUCCCAACCCAAUCACUUUAUAAUGCAUCAAAAGCCGCUCUACACUCGUACAUAUCGACUUUGGAGCUUGAACUUAAGCCUUUUGGAAUAUUUGUUAUCGAUGUGGCUUCAGGUACAGUUGGUACCGCUAUGUUGACCCAAAACCAGAUGGAAAAAUUACCAGAAGACUCUCCAUACAAAUCAAUCGAAUCCGAUCUUAACGAAGCUUGGGUCAAAAUUGGAGGAGGGAUACCUGUGGAAGCAUACACCAAGCAUGUUGUUGGAAAGGUCCUUCAAAAGAAUCCACCUCAGCGUUUCUUUGCUGGAGCCGGCGCAACAUUAGGAUGGGCGAUUGAUAAAUUGAAUGCGGAUUGGGUUUAUAAAGCGUUCUUUUGGAAGAUCUUUGCUUUGGGUAAACUCUCUCGAGCGCAAGAUUAG